UAAUUGCUUCGUAAUAGUGUUUAUGUAAUGAAAUAAUUGUACAAAGUACAUAGUCAUAUUCUUUUUCUUGUGACUAUGUACAAAGUACAUAGUCAUAUUCUUUUUCUUGUGACUAUGCACAAAAUUACACUCCCAGUUUCUUCAGGGGAGAGGCAUUUUUUUGUCCAUAAUGAAAUAAGAGUUGUAUAAAAGAUAAAAUCUGUAAGAUUUUCUGUACAUUCUUGUUUGUCUUGCGUAAAAAAUCUGUCCGUAAAUUUGUUUGUUAAGAAAAAUUGAAUUACCACUUAACAAUAUUUGUUUAAAGUAGGUCGUAAAGUAUGCAAAGAUAAAUACUUAAAAUAAACUUUAAAUUUGAAUUUAAAACAUUUGUAAAGUUAAGUAGCUACUUUACAAAUGUUUUAAUAAAUUGUUGCUUAUUUUAUAACAUUUGUAACUUUUCUAUAACUCUACAGACAAAAUGACAGAAAAAACAAACAUGGUCGACGAAGCUCUGGAGUUAACUGGAGGAUUCGGCAAGUUCCAAUGGUACCUCCUUGGUGUGAUGGCCUACUGUAUGACGACACUGGGACUUCAAGGCCUCACUAUGACGUUUAUUGCAGAUGAACCAGGUUGGAAAUGCCUUUCUAAUUCAUCCGUCUGCAAUCUUACUGGUUUGCACAUAGUUGGCUCGGAAUUCUAUAAUCUCAGAUAUCAGAAAACGAUUGGGAAUGUUGGAGUAUGGUUACUUCUAUUGUUACACAGACACACAAAAGUAGUAGUUGUUGUUGUUCAAAAAGUAUUACUAAAAUUUAUUAUUAAAAGUGAUCGAUAUAUCCUCAAAAGUAUUGACACAUCCAUGGUGUACUUAGAUUGGUUUAUUGGGGCCAUAUGCUUCGGUAUGAUAUCUGAUAUAUAUGGACGAAAGAAAGCCUUGGUGACGUCAAUGGUUGUUAUGGCAGCAAGUGGGGUUGUGUCAUCUUUUUUUAUAGUGUUCUGGUUUUUUGCGUUGUUGAAAGUGUUUGUCGGAGCAGGAAUCGGUGAGACAAAUGUCUGGACAUUAUAUAAAUGGACUACCCUUUUUUCUCUUAAAGAUAUUACUAUGUCCUAUGUAAACGUGUUGUCUGUCGUAAAUGUGUUGAAUUGGGGAGCAAUGACAUGCAUAUUUAUCCUGAACACAGAAUUUGCUGGUCCGAAAAAAAGGGGAUUCGCUGUACUUUUAUCCCAAAAGGGUCAUUUCAAAAACAGAAUGUCUUUUAAUCGAUCACUCGAUGUCGGAUCAAUAUCAAAGUCCAACUUUAAAACUGUUUUUAUUAGGAAGCUUGCUGAGUCAAUCCGUUGGAUGUUGGUUCACGGUAAGAAUGAAGAGGCACGGAGCAUGUUGCGUAAAGUUGCCGUUAUAAAUGGUGUUAAAUAUCAGGAACUCUGGUCCCUGGACACUAUAAACAUUGGCGAGAACAAAAGCGGUAAUGUCUUCGAAUUGUUCAAAACUUGUAAACUUGGAUCCUAUACAUUGGCUUGUAUGUUUAUUUGGUUCACUUGUUCAAUGACAUAUUAUGGAAUCUCACUAAGUGCCGGCCAAGUUGGUGGAAACAUUUAUCUUGUUUUCUUCUUGACGAAUAUCAUUACUAUUCCGGCGAACUUUUUAGCAACUUUUUUAAUAGAUCAUUAUGGGAGGGAAGCGAGUAUGGGUAUGCUGGUUUUGUUCUAUGUAAAUUAUCAACCAACCACAGCUACUCAACAAUACAGCAACGUGGAUACUGAGCUACGCAGCUACGCAGCAACGCAGCAACUCAGCUACACAGCAAUAAUCAUGAAAGCGAAGUCGUUAUAUUGCGAAAUGUUUAGUGUAACAAACCAACUUGGAUUUACGAUUGGUAGAGUGGCUAUGGCUAUGUCUGCAAAAUUUCUUAUCACCAUUGCGUUUGAUGCAGCAUAUUUGAUCACUUAUGAAAUAUGUCCCACUACACUCAGAAAUGUGGGUAUGGGUAUAUCAUCUGCUGCAGCACGGAUUGGAUCAUUUUCGGCCUCAUACACAAUCUAUUUGGUCGAAGUCAACCGUAUCAUUCCAUUCGCCAUAUUUGGUACAGUUAUUUGCAUUUGCGCCGCUGCAAGUUUUGUAUUACCGGAAACAAAAAAUACACCGACAAUGGAGACCCUUGGUAAACAAGUUAAAAUUUUCUGGCUUACUUGUGCGAAAAGGUUUAAAUAACGUAUUGUCAACUUCAACUAAUCUGCAAAACUUGGGACAUAGCCACAACACGCUUUAAAUAAACAACAUAGUCUUUGGUAUUUUUAUGGGAAUGCUCUUGCAGCGAUACUCCAUGACAGUUGGUACGGCUUGGAUUCAUAUUUCAGUCUCCAUAUCAGUUUCUAUAGUUCCGUUUCAUUCUCAUACCUUUUGUGUCGGAACGAUUUAACAUGGUUAUUGCAGCGCGUCUUAAAGUCUCCUUCACUUGAACCUGAUGAUUGUACAAGAUACAUGAAACUUAAAGUUGUUAAAAAGUUGUAAUAUUCUUACUUGUUCAACAAAUAUUAUAA